UCAACACACAUUCAUCGUUCGGACGUCGUCGUCGUGAGUCGCCGUCCGUGUGGGGGGUGCCGCCGCCGCGGGUGUUGUCAAUAGUAUUCGAACCUCGGAACGGCCCGGUCAGACGUCUCGAGAGUCUACCUGGGAAGUCGAGUGCAAAGCGGAAAUUUGCGCAGCUGGUGCGAAAGAAGUUCAUUUUAAGGAUAUCCUGGAACGAGAUUCUACGACGCAAUUUCCAGCCCAGGAGUGCAAACGCGAUAAGAAAGGAAGAAAACAUUAUUUUUAUCCACCAGUUGGCUGUGUGCGUGCGUCGUGAGCAAGAAAACAUUUCGCAUUUCGCGAGUCUCGGCGAAAAUAACAACCGAGACAUCGGACCACUUUUGUGCACACCCGCCAAGUGACGGCUGCGCGCUAUUUUCGUUCGCAAGGAGCCGCCGGAAGCAUCGUCCGUAAUACCAUGCCACCAUCCCGUCUGGACGGACUGUACCGGUCCCUGCUGCUGACCAAGUUCUUCUGCAAGGGCUGGGGCAAACCGGAGAACCUCGAAAGACUCUUCGAGUUCCGCAAGAUCAUCUCGAACCGCACGGCCUGCUCGAAGCUGGUUCCGCGUGAUUACCCGGUCGAAAUCACGAAGGAAGAGCUCACGUCCGACUGUCGCAUCCUCGAGGGGCGCUUCAAGACGCCGCUGGAGAUUUACCUGCCCGGGCUGGUGCCGGACGCCGUCAAGGAUGCCCACUUCCAGAUCCUGCUGCCGAACGAGUGGCGGGACGAGCGGUACAAGCCGGUGUGCAUCCACCUGGCGGGCACCGGGGAUCACUACUUUUGGAAGCGACGAAACUUGAUUGCGAAGCCGCUGCUGAAGGAAGCCAACCUGGGUGCGAUUAUUCUGGAGAAUCCGUUUUACGGGAUGCGAAAGCCAAAGGAUCAAAAAGCUUCUAGUCUUCACAACGUGUCGGACAUCUUCGUGAUGGGAGGUUGCCUGGUGCUUGAGUCGCUGGUCCUGCUGAAUUGGUGCGAACGCAACGGAUACGGUCCGCUGGGAAUAACCGGCCUGUCGAUGGGCGGCCACAUGGCGUCGCUGGCUGCCACGAACUGGCCCAAACCGUUGGUGCUGGUACCGUGUCUGAGUUGGUCCACGGCGUCGGCCGUGUUCACCGAAGGAGUUAUGAGUCACAGCAUCAACUGGGACGUCCUCCAGACGCAAUACUUCUCCGAUGGCAACUACCGUGAGCGCCUGUCCAAGAUGGUGACCGUCGUCGAUGAUGCAUUCCUCGCCGGUCAACACUUUAUCCAAAACUUUAAUCAAUCCGUACAAGAACUGAAGAAAGAUCUCAACCAAGUGGACAAUCUGGUGAACGGCGACGCCCGCUCGGACGUGAAUCUGACCGUGAUUCGCGAGACCACUCCCGAGCACGAGCAGAAGCGUAUCCACAUCAACCACACGAACGUGCUGAACCUGUCCGAGCCGCUGCUCAAGAAGCUGCUGUCGAACGUCAAGUGCGAACUGACCCAGGAGGAAAUCGACGAGCUGAACCUCAAAAUCCAGCUGGCACUCAAAAACUACAAAGCGGAAAACAAGACUGACAGCGACAAGCUAAUUUUGGAGGUCAAAACCGAAGAACCGGCACCCGAAACCGGCCCAUCCAAAUCGCUCGGAACCAAAAUCAUGGAGUACAUCAGCUGGCGCAACAGCAACGACCCCGCAGAGAAGCGCGAGCGCAUUGACCCGUCCAAGACGCGCUGGUGGGAACGCGAAGCGCUCCAGUUCAUGCGUGGCAUGAUGGACGAGUGCACGCACCUCAAGAACUUCUCCGUCCCGUACGACACCUCGCUCAUCAUCGCCGUUUGCGCCAAAGACGACGCGUACAUUCCACGCGAGGGCUGCAGCAGCCUCGAGGACAUUUGGCCGGGCGCCGAGAUCCGCUACCUGGACGCGGGCCACGUCAGCGCGUACGUUCUGCACCAGAAGCUGUUCCGCUCCUGCAUCGUCGAAGCGUUCGAGCGCGCCCGCAAAAAGUGGAUCCCCGAGCACGAACGCCUCCAGGAGGUGCAGGACGGAGAGCGACCCAAAUAGGCCAACUGAUCGCCAACCCUCUCUCCCUCUCAUAAUCGGUAGGGGCUGUGACGGAACCAUUUUUUAAAUCGAUAAUCUGAUGUGACCGACGCAAAGCGUCGUCGAGACGUGUUUGAAGCAAAAGAGUAAGAAGAGAAAUGUUUAAUGUGCACAAGUGAGUGUGUUUCGAAGGAAGAAUAAGGAAAAGAAGUAACGUUGCGUUGUACUUCCACUUCCGGAAGUACGCUCGUCAACGGGACAAAAUUCGAAAAGUCAGUAUUUUAUAAGGGUUGAAUCUGAUUGAUUGUUUUUUUGAUUUUUCUUGAAUACACCAUUUGCUGCAUGCCGCAUAAAUUUAGUUAGAAACUAUUACACCUCUGUACAAACAAAUGUUCAAUAUAAAUAUAUGUUUUAAACUCGUUACGAUAAACAGCAAUAAAUACGCUUUCAGGUA